ACCAUUUGGUUCAUGGUCUCUAAGAUUUCAGACGGGAGCUCCAUUUACUGAGUCCUUCUUGUCCUGACUGCACCUCUCCACAUUCUACCACCCUUUUCAGCUCCAUGAUGGUCCUGCACCUGCCGGAGGGCCCCUGGACAGCGGCUCUGACGGUGUUGCUGGCGGUACUGCUCAAGCCCGUGGUCCAGGGCAGGGCCACUCCAGAGAACUACGUGUACCAGGGGCGGCAGGAGUGCUACGCUCGGAACGGGACGCAGCGCUUCGUGGAGAGAUACAUCUAUAACCGCGAGGAGUACGUGCGCUUCGACAGCGACGUGGGCCUGUUCCAGGCGGUGACAGAGCUGGGGCGACAGAGCGCUGAGGACGCGAACAGCCAGAAGGACUUCCUGGAGCGGAAGCGGGCUGAGGUGGACACGGUGUGCAGACACAACUACGAGCUGGAGGAGCCCAUCGUGGCGCAGCGCCGAGUCCAGCCUAAAGUGAAUGUCUCCCCCUCCAAGAAGGGGCCCCUGCAGCACCACAACCUGCUUGUCUGCCACGUGACAGAUUUCUACCCAGGCAACAUUCAAGUCCGGUGGUUCCUCAAUGGACAGGAGGAAACAGCUGGGGUCGUGUCCACCAACCUGAUCCGGAACGGAGACUGGACCUUCCAGAUCCUGGUGAUGCUGGAAAUGACCCCCCAGCAGGGAGAUGUCUACACCUGCCAAGUGGAGCACCCCAGCCUGGACAGUCCUGUCACCGUGCAGUGGAAGGCACAGUCGGAUUCUGCCCGGAGCAAGACACUGACGGGAGCCGGGGGCCUUGUGCUGGGGCUCAUCACCUUUGGGGUGGGCCUGUUCCUGCACAGGAGGAGCAGGAAAGUCCAACGAGGCUCUCCGUAAACAGGGUCCCUGACCUAACCUGAAAAACUACAUAUGCCUUGGAACAAGCAUUUUUCUGUGUUUCUUAGUCCUGGAGGCUGGCUCUGGGGCAGACCCCCAACUUCCCAAGAGGAUGUUGCUGCCAAGUAUUUGCUCUGAAGCCAGUUUCUCUGGUUCUGCUGUUUGAUUCAAUGCCCGCUUGCUCUCAUGGGCCUCCACCCAAGUUCCCUUCUCCUUAGCCCCAUAAAUAAUAAAAACCCACAUUGUUGUUUGUUUUAAGAAUACGCA